AAAAAAAAAAAACCAAAUAUUUCAUACAUAUAUAAAUUAAUUUUUGAUACUCCAUCUAAAUUUUUUCUUAUUCUUUUCCCGGGUAACUUACUUUAAGCUCUUCAAUGGCACCACCUUAUACUUAUCCUGUUGCGGGCAUACUUUACUUUGUAUCUCAUCCACAGUUAUGGGUGAAGACUAUUUGUCCGUUUCUACUGACGCUCAUCUUUGGUAUACUCUCGUUGGUACUUUCCUUUGUAUACCUCUUACCACUUCAAGCACAUGCGUUAAUUGUAGCAAAAUGUCCCGUCUGGCUUGCGUGGACAGUUUCUGUUAUUUUUGUGCUUUUGGAAUCAGCCGUGUUCGAUUUAAUAUUCUUUGCCAUCUUGCUUCCCAUCUUUCAAGACGCUUUAUUUGACGCCACUUUAAAAUCCAGAGGACUUGAACGUAUGUUUACCAAUCGUGUUGAAGUUGGCAACUUGCGCUUAUGUUGUCGAGGUAUUUCGUCCGGUCUUGCGCUUGUUUGGCUAUUGAUCUUGGCACAAAUUCUGAUUUUGAUCAUUACAGCGCCUUUACAUUUAAUACCUGUUGUAGGCACCUUUGUAGCUUGUUAUAUUAAUGGAUGGAUUGCAUGCUGGGGACAUCACCUUCAUUAUGAUUUAGAGUUCAGAGGGUUCUCCGUGAGCGAUUCCCGAAGUUUUGCUUGGAGACACAAGGCUGAUUAUUGUAAUUUUGGCGUUGUGGCUGUUGCACUUGAAUUGAUUCCGUUAUUUAAUCUCAUCUUUAUGUGGACGAAUGUGGUAGGAGCCGCACUUUAUGUCGGUGAUAAAUAUGAAAAGAAUGAGCGAGAGAUUGCCAAACGUAAUCGUAACAGUACCGCAUCGACUGAAAUAUUGAUUCAACACCCUAGCAUGCCUAGUAGUAAACAAGGUUUUUAUAAUGUUUAGUUUUACCUAAAUAAAAACUUUUUUUUUGACCAUCUAUGCUGAGUGUCAUAUAUAUAUAUAUAUACAUAAAAAAGGAGCUCAAUUAUCAGCCAAUCAAAUAAACAGAUGUCUACUUUUACUGGUAUUUAUGGCAACACUUUUUUUACUCCUCGGUUCCCCUUUAUAAAUAGGAUGCGCUUGUGUACCUGG